AUGUCAGCAGCUUUCGUCAAGCUCGCGAAUGCGUCAUCCUCAUCGUGGGGACGAGCGCUUCAUCUGAACCUGCCGAAGGUGGCCGUGGCCGACACCCGCAGCGCGCUUCCUCAGCAUCGUGCGGCAUCUGGAGCAGCCAGAACAAAGGCGGCGGAGCCGGACGCGUCGCAGAGAUCCGGAUUGGCAUGUUGGUUUGGACAACAACACUAUGGACGGCCUAUGUCACAAGUGGCGGCAGAAGAUCCUGGAUACUGCCGAUGGAUUCUGCGCGUGGCUGAGGAAGAUACUUCAUCGCGGCAGCUGCAGCAAGCUGCUGCCUGGCUCUCCCUGAAUGCUCCCCAUCUGAAGGACGGCAGCGAGCAGCUGCGGGCAGGCCUGGCGCAAUAUCUUUCCAAGCUGGCCGUCGAAGAUCCCGCGUAUUGCCAAUGGAUUCUCAGAGAGGCGAAGGGGGGCGAUGCCUCUCCGAAGAUUCGAGCGAUGGCUGAUUGGCUCGUGGAGAAUGCGCCGCACGUGCAGGAACGCGGUGUUCUGGUAUCAGGCCGCACGCACCACGGACGGCCGAUUUCUGAGCUCGUCACUGAAGAUCCAGUGUUUUGCCAAUGGGCUCUGCAGAAGGCCGAGGAGCGAUUGUGCCGAAACGCGUGGUACCGCUGUCAAGCGAGUCAAGCGCAGCGUUGGCAGGGAAUGAUACCUCCCACGGACGCAGUUGCUUCUCUUCGCGAGGGUGUCUUCUGUACAUCUUCGGACCCAAGCAAGCACCGUGGACGACCCAUGCAAGAAGUGGUUGCUGAAGAUCCAGCAUACUGCUUGUGGGUGCUACAGCAGGCUGAGGCGCCAACGGCCUCACAUGGAUUGCGAGAAAUGGCGAAAUGGCUUACUGCGAAUGCAUCGCACCUCAAGGACAAGGGCUGCUUUGCCUCAGGUGGGAAGUAUCAUGGACGGCCGAUGUCUGAUUUGGUGACGGAAGAUGCAUCAUAUUGCAAGUGGGUUCUCCGACGAGCCAAGGACCCCUCUUCUUCGCAGACAUUGCGCGAGAAAGCACUGUGGCUGAAAGAACACGCGCCGCAUCUCGAGGAGCAGUUGGCUGCCAAAGUGGAAGCUCCCAUCACAGGGGUACGGAAGGGCAAGGAAGAGUCCGAUGAAGAGUUCCUUUCACGACUGGUUGCUGAAGAUCCAUCGUACUGCUUGUGGAUUCUUCGCGCAGCAAAGGAGAAAGAGGCUUCUCGCAAAUUGCGAGAUAGAGCCGCAUGGCUCUCGAAGCAUGCGCCGCACUUGAAGGAGACGCAGGUAGUGCGCAUGCGGAGCGUGCACAGGGGAAUUCCGCUUCCCCAGCUUGUCGCUGAAGAUCCGCGGUGGUGCCGCUUCGUUCUGGAUCAAGUCGAGGCGAAGUGCGAAGAGUUCACGGAGGUGGCAGUAUGGCUUCGCGAAAAUGCUCCUGAACUUCGAGAAGCGUCCAGCGAUUCUUUGCAGGACGACGAACCAAUCAUUGAAGAAUUGAGCCGGAGGAUGCUCGAAAGAUACGGCCAGUGGUUCGUCAUCCGGCAUGGCAAACAUCGCAUGAAGACGUUCGCCGCUGUGGUGGAGGAAGCUCCAAGCUUUGUGAGAUGGGCCGAGAAGACCGUUGCGCGCAAUACUGCCGAGAAGGGGGCCGUCGGCAGGAAUAGCAACAAUUUCAAGCUUUUGGUGGCUUUCGCCCGCCAGCUGCGCAGCAAGGAAACGGACACGGAGGUCACCUUUGCUUCAGGCCAGAUCCUGACAGAGGGAUUCGCUCCCAGAGCCACUGAGAUCAUGGCAGCGUGA